ACUGAGAGAGUUUUAUUCAGAGGAAGAAGAACAGGAGGAAUAAGAGGAAGAAGAGGAGGAAGAGGAGGAGGAGGAAGAAGAGGGAGGAGAGGGAGAAGAGGAAGAUGCUGUGUGUUUCUCUGCAUCGUUUUCAUCAGUGAAAGUGAUAAACCUCUGGACUUGUGAUGGGGUGAAUCUGAAUCUGAGGAGGAUGCUGAUGAACGAUCGGUAACCAUGGUGAAGGAGAGCGUGCCCCGCUGGGUCCACCGGGACUCUGACGAGGGUCUGAUCCAUGUGAACGUCGGAGGCCUGAAGAGGAGCCUGUGCUCCACCACGCUGAAGAAGUUCCCAGACACCAGACUGGGAAAGCUGCUGUCAUGUGACUCGGAGGAGGACAUUCUGCAGGUGUGUGACGACUACGACGUGCAGCAGAAGGAGUUUUAUUUCGACAGGAAUCCCGGCCUGUUCCCGUACGUCCUCCACUUCUACCAGACGGGGAAACUUCACAUCAUGGACGAGCUGUGCGUCUUCUCCUUCAGUCAGGAGAUUGAGUACUGGGGCAUCAAUGAGUUCUUCCUGGACAGUUGCUGUAGUUACCGUUACCACGACCGCAAGCUGGAGAGCAGCCGCCAUCGCAGCUGGGACGACGAGAGCGACGUCAGCAGCAUCGACACGUCUGUGGACGAGAUAUCGGACAUGAACAGAGACAUGCAGCACUUCCAGGUGGUGCGCUGUGGGAACUUCAGGAGGUGUCUGUGGCUGACGCUGGAGAACCCAGGAUACUCUGUCCCCAGCAAACUCUUCAGCCUGCUGUCCAUCGCUGUGGUGCUCACGUCCAUCACCAUCAUGUGCAUCAACAGCAUCCCCGAGUAUCAGGUGUUUGACUCUGAGGGGAAACUGACGGAGGACCCCACCAUGCAGGUGGUGGAGGUGUUCUGCAGCUGCUGGUUCACCUUCGAGGUGGUGACGCGGCUGCUGCUCGCUCCGAACAGGAAGAAGUUCUUCCAUCACCCUCUGAACAUUAUUGACAUGGUGUCUGUGGUUCCCAUCUACAUCACGCUCCUCUUCGACUUGACGCUGGGAUCCGAGUCGGAGCUGGGAGACCUGGGACGACUCAUUCAGGUCCUCAGGCUGACGAGGAUCUUCAGAGUGUUGAAGUUGGCCCGACACUCGACCGGACUGAGGUCACUGGGAGCGACGCUUCGGCACAGUUAUCGUGAGGUGGGGAUUCUGCUGCUGUAUCUGGCUGUCGGAGUUUCCGUCUUCUCUGGAAUCGCUUACACGGCAGAAUACGAAGAGGACGUGGGUCUGGACACCAUCCCCGCCUGCUGGUGGUGGGGGACGGUGAGCAUGACCACGGUGGGUUACGGGGAUGUGGUGCCCGUCACGGUGGCCGGGAAACUGGCGGCCAGCGGCUGCAUUCUGGGCGGCACGCUGGUGGUGGCGCUGCCCAUCACCAUCAUCUUCAACAAGUUCUCCCACUUCUACCGGAGACAGAAAGCUCUGGAGGCGUCGGUGAGGAACAACAACCGCAGGAGGAUGAGGAUGAGCUGCGAGCCAGAGACGGAGGACGAGGAUGAGGAAGAGGAGGAAGGGUCGGACGGGGACAGCCAGUGUUUGGACGACGAGGACAUCGACGAUAUCGAGGAGGACGAUGAUAUCGAUUAUGAGGAUGAAGGAGGUGUCAUCAAUUACAGCUACGUGGAGCAUCCGUCCUACACGUCCAUUCUGAGGAGGAAGGAGCUGCGUCAGGUGUGAGGGUCGACCUGUCGGAUCAGAGGGAAGUGACCUCGUGUCACUCUGCGACCAAUCACUGUCAUUAAACUCCAACAAACACGGAGGACGAUGAAUAAGAGCUUGAGAAGGUGCCGUGUCGUCCCCGACGCGGCAAACGACACGGACGAUCACUUCAGGUCUUCCAUGUCUGAAACUGAACUGUAGUUUGUUUGAGUUCCUUUGUGCAUGUGAGCAGAUUCAGGAGGUUUGUUCAUAGUCGACGAGUUUCUCUGUUAAAACUUCUGCUGCAGAAGAAGUGAAGAACUGAUGUGACAUAAAAUGCACGUUAAUCAAAAUGAAACAGAACAAAAAACAACAUGAAAAACUGAGUUUUGUGGAAGAAGAGAAUAAAGGAAAAUUAUUAUUGGA